UCCGGUACGCAUGCGCAGUCAUCCGCGCGCGCGCGCGGCUGUAGGCAUGCAUAUGUCUCGUGGAUUUUAAGACAGAUCUCCUCACACUGUCAUAUCUGGGACAUGUCUCGUGUUGAUGGGUUAAAGUUUGUCGCGUUUUAAAACUAAUUUGCACUUUAUUAUAUUCCGUUGCAUAAAUUAUUAGUUUAUCGAUAGCCUGAACACGAAAGGAUUAAAUCUGUUGACAAGGAAAACAACAGAGUCACAAUGUGCUGUCCAGUAAGGUAGCACUUUUCAGUCGGUGUUAGAAGUUGGACAAAGGUGAAUGCUGGAAUUUACUUGCACACAGAAAAUGUCAUCUUGUAGCCGUUUAAUGAAUUGCAGAGUCAUUGUAAAAGGCUUUCUCAGCCUCCAGUAAUCUUUAACACAGCACAUGCCUUAAGAUUUACUGGCUAGUGCAUUCGCUUACUUGUCAACAAUCUGUGAAAAGUGCUAAGCCUUCAGAUAUUACCUUUGAGGAUCAACAUUCCUCCAGCAUUUUGUACAUUACACUACAUUAUUGCUAAUAAUUAAGCAUCAGUAUUGCUGUAACAUGGUGGAAGAGAGUACAUCCAACGAAAGGACAGAGGAUGUUAAGGAGAACAUGACUGAUGAGAAUGGACAACCUGUGGAAAAUGUGGCUCCAGAGUCAGUCAUCCUUGAAACCAAGGAAGACCUGGAAGCCCAAACGCAAAAGACCAGAACCUGGAUGUGGUCUGUGGUUUAUCUCUGUUUCUACGGCUUCAUGGUGCAGCUCAAGCCAGGGGAGCCGUUUAUCACACCGUACCUGCUCAGUACAGAGAAGAACUUCACUAGAGAACAGGUGACCAAUGAAAUCAAUCCAGUUCUCUCAUAUUCUUACAUGGUAGUGCUGGUACCAGUGUUUCUGCUGACAGAUUACCUACGCUACAAACCUGUGCUGGUCCUCCAGAGCUUGAGUCAUGUUUCUAUUUGGCUCUUGCUGCUUUUGGGCAACUCAUUGCUGGAGAUGCAGUUUAUGGAGUUUUUUUAUGGCAUCACCAUGGCUGCCCGUGUGGCGUACUCCUCAUACAUCUUCUCACUGGUUCCAGCAACUGUUUACCAGCGAGUAGCAAGCUAUUCCCGCUCAUCAGUGCUCAUGGGAGUCUUCACAAGCUCUGUGCUGGGUCAGAUGUGUGUGUCUCUUGGAGGUAUUUCAUACACAAUGUUAAGUGCCGUCUCUCUGGGCUUUGUCUCUUUUGGACUACUCUUGUCCUUCUGCCUGCCAUGGCCCAAGCGUAGCAUGUUUUUCAACAAAGCCCGUAUGGAGGAGGAAAGGAAGGAAGCAGCUAAGUCAGAAUUAGCCAAAAUGAAGCCCGAAGAGAAGGACGGCAUUGUGGAAGGGAUGGACACCAACCGCAGUUCCCCUUCCUGGACUAAUUCAGUGUUUGUUGGGAUGCUGAAGGAGUUAAAGCACGUUGUAAAAGUGCCUAGUUUAAGACUUUGGAGUUUGUGGUGGGUGUUCAAUUCCACUGGUUAUUAUUUAGUUUUGUUUUACGUGCACAUCCUAUGGAAUAAAGUCUACCCUGCUACAGAGAACAAGAAUGUCUACAAUGGAGCAGUCGAAGCCGCCUCUACAUUACUUGGUGCGAUCACAUCGUUUGCAGCAGGCUAUGUAAAAAUCCGAUGGAAUCUUUGGUCUGAAUUGGUAAUUGGAUUGAUUACUGCUGCACAAGCUGCUCUACUUCUUCUCAUGGGGAUGACCGAAGAUAUCUGGGUUUGCUAUGUGGCAUAUGCUCUGUUCAAAGGCUUCUACCAGUUCCUGGUGCCCAUUGCUAUUUUCCAGAUUGCGUCCUCUCUCACUAAGGAACUAUGCGCUUUAGUGUUUGGCGUAAACACUUUUCUUGGAACAAUCCUGAAAGCCAUCAUCACUAUAAUUGUAGCAGAUAAGAGGGGAUUGGCACUGAGUGUUCAUUCUCAGUUUUUUGUUUAUUUCUUUUACUUCACCCUGCUGACUGUGAUUUAUCUGGGCUGUAGUGCAUUCAUCAUCACGUGUCAUUAUCGCAAUCAGAGGGCAGGCGCCGAGAGUACGGAAGAAGCCGUCAGCACUGAACUUAGUCCCAUUGCAACAGCUGCUAGUGAAAGCACUACGGUACAUAAUGGCACCAGCAUCAAGACAUGAGAUUUAAAUGAAUUGUGCCUACAGAUGGAGAAAUCUCCAUUUCUUAAACUGUUACGUCAAAAUCAGAUUGUUUUAAUAUUUACAAGUAAUAAGUAUGAAUAACCUUAGUGUUAUUAUUUUUAGUGAGGAUUAGCACUGAAUAUAAUUUUGUUUUUGAUGCAAGGAUCAAGGUUGUCAUUAGGAUGGAUUGUCAAUAAUAGAAAAUAUAGGCUUGAAUUGAAAUAAUGUGAACAGAUCAUUUUGUAAGGAAUGUUUGGAAGUCAAUUAUGGCAAGUUUGGCUUUCUGGUAUUUCAUAGGAUUACUUUUUGAAAGGGAUAGAUCACCCAAAAUUGAAACUUUCCCUCCUCGUUUUUUCUUCCUCACAAGGUUUUAAGUCUAUCUGGCUUUCUUUUUUUGUUAAAGCCAAAAGAAAAUAUUUUGAAGGAUGAUGGUUCCUGGCAACCAUCAACUUCUAUAUUAGGAAAAAAAUAUGACUAUGGAAGUCAGCAGGUUCCAAAACACCUUAAAGGUAAUUUUCCCUUAGUGUCACCUUUAGGUUUUCCUUAAUAUUAAGAGUGUUGCAUAAAAUAAAAAUGAAAUGUUACUAAAUGGUUUCUAUAGACCAUUUCUAUGUGGUCAUGUCAUUGGCCCAUGAACAUUUCCUGCUUGUUAUCAAACUUUUUUAUAACUGUAACAAGAGACAAUUUAAUCAUAGCUUAAUGUUAAAACAGCUAUUAUAACAUUAUUUAUUAAUAUGUGGCUCUUUUUAGGUACUUUGAAGCUAUAGGAAUUCUGAGUUGAAUGUCACAGAACACUCAUUUCCCUUAAAUGUCUUUUUUUCCUCUUAAGUAAACUGCGAAAGUGUUACAUGAAGUGCCUUAACUGUUAUUUCCCCAAGUCCAGUCUUUUUACAAACACAAUUGAUGGAAAAACUGAUGCUAGAAUAUGGAUUUAAUUGUCAUGCAAGACGUUAAUUAUACCUAAUUAUAGAAAGCUGUUUGCCAUUUUGUAUUUCUGUACGUUAACAUUCAUAUGCAUAGUGACAGUAGACUAGAUGAAAGAGCGCUCAGAUCACAACUGUCUUCAAAUGUGGUGCGAGCGACAAGUUUAUUCCAGACAAUUUCAGAUGCUGUGAUGCAAGCACAACAAUCACUCUUGUCUAAUGUCCCAGGACUUUCACAUUGAGUCUUUUUUUUAACGGUCAUGUCCUAUAGGUUUUCUGUAAAACUGCCACAAGUGUUAAAAUAUGAGUAGCAUGUCCAUGGCACAAUAUCGUUUGCAUAAUAUAUUGUAAAUAUUAAUAGUAUGUAAACAUAACAACAAACCUCUGUCAAAAUGGUUUCCCUUAUGCCGAGUUCAAACUGCACGAUUUUCAAAGUAGUCGUGUCACAGAUGUUUUCACACUGUGUUUAAAGCGGAUUCACACUGUAUGACAUAAAAGGAAGAAUCGUCGACAAUUUUGUCUUGAUCCACAAACUACGUCUCUCACAACUAAACACACACGAGAAGUGACAUGGAAACAAUGUGAGGUCACGUAGUAUUGUAGUAAAGUUUGUUAUUAACUACAUAUUUUGUUUACCUGGCUUUUGAAGAUAAUUAGAAAUUUCUCCUCGACUUUUUUUCUUUUUCGACCCAUUGUGAUAUUGCUCAGAUGACACAUCAAACAGACACAGGUGCUGCUGCCAAAUUUCCACUAGUUUUUCCUCCAUUACUUGGGUCCAAAUAGACAGAAAAGAAGCACUUUUAACUUCUCCUCCAACCUCCCUCUGGCCUGCAGACACCCAUACUAGUGGAUGCUGCUCUCUUAUUGGCUGUGGGUAAUCACCAAUGUUAUUUCAAUCAGAACACAUUUUACACAGCAUCAUUUGAAUCACAGACAGGUCCAAAUAUUUAGCAUGCCAAAUAUCUCAGGGUUGUCGGCGACUCCUCUUCAACUCUCUCAGAUGCUGUCUUUGAUAGCUCAUACUAUGUGAUUGUUACUCACAUGAAUGAGCACCGAUUUGUCUGUGAUUUCAGGCAUUUAUCGGCGAUUUCUCAAAACUGGUAAGUCAAAAUUGGGGCUAAAAUCAUGCAGUCUGAACUCUGCAUUACCAAACUUUUUAAGGGAUUAUAUGCAACACCCUUAAAUAGUUCACUUAGGUAAGGGGAAAUUAACUCUUAAGUUUCAUUCUUAAUUGAAAAACUUAAAGUGCUUAUGCAACUGGGCACAGGCUGCCAGCAACCAACAUUUUUCAAAAUAUCUUCUCUUUUGUUUAACAGUAGAAAGAAACUCAAACAAGUUUUGAAUAAGUGAUGGCAGAAUUUGUUUUUUUUUUCUGUUGGAACUACUCCUUUAAGCAUCCUAUGAUGGAUUAUUUGCAGCUGAAUAUACAAUUUCUAAUACUGUUAACAAACAACAGUUAUUUUUAAAUUGAUCAUAUUGGCCAAGUAGUUUAUUAUCCACCUUAUUUUUCAUAUAAGAGCAGGUAUGUAUGUUUGUAAAUUGAAUGUGUUUGGCUUGUGUUGUCAAUUGAUAUCAGCUAUUUUUGUUUGGCUGUUUAAUAGUGCAAACUGGUAUUUUUUUACUGUUUUAUUUUAAAAUAUACAUGCAUAAAUGUAUUAAACACUCUGGUUUAUACAGUAGUUUAAAUCGUUUUUCAGUUUCAGCACUUAAAGAAUAAAAAGUAUUCUAGAAACUUUCUCAUCGAGAAAUAAGAAAUAAGGUGGAUAAUGUAAAUUCUUAAAAGUAUUUUGUGGUGUCAGUGCAAGCUGAGUGAGGUUAAAGAGUUGUUGGAUUAUAUUUUGAGUGAGGACCAUUUUAUUAUCAGUUUCAUUUACUCCGCUGUACCUUACAGAGGGGUUUCAUUCUCCAGGAAAGCAGAGUUAGUAUGGAGUGAUUCCACAAUAUUUUAAACGUUUCUAGAUUUACACUCCAUUCCGUGCAUUGCUUGGUGAACAUAAAGUUUGAUGCUUUUGUUUUAUUUUUUUGGAAAUAUUUUCAUUGAUGUUGGAAAAAGAAAAUCCGUAAUUGACCAUGUAUUGUUGAAAAUGUAAGUUACUUUCACAUAAAUGAGUUUGCGUUUUACAAAGGGCACUUAGUUCUGUAUUUGAAAAUAAUUUCUGUUUUUUUUAAUUGUGUGAUCACAACAUAGGAGCCCCAGACCAUGUCUUAUUACAAAUAAAUUGUUAACAAUAC